AUGCGGUUCCGAACCCAAUUAAAGAAUACCAGGACCUUCUCCAAGUUGACUGCCUCGCUGGCAUCACUGGGCAAAGUAUGCUGGAUGCGACUGGAAUACGACGUGGUUCGAUUCACCGUGAUCCCAGAUCAAGGUACCCAAGUAUGGGCACAGAUUCCGGUUGACACCAUCUUCGAGGAAUCAUCAUAUCAAUUAGAAUCCAACUCCGACGCAAUUAAUAUCGAAAUUAACAUCAGUCUCUUAAACCGUGCGCUACGGUCAACAUUCGGCGCCUCGUCCUCACAGCUGCGCCUGACAAAGAAAGACAAGAUGCCUCUACUCGCACUCACAGUCCUCACAACCGAAUGGACAGAGGGCAACAUGGCCCUUGCCACCGACGAAGCAUUCGAGCAAAGCCAUACAACAGGUCCAUCGGCCCAGAACGAAGUAGUCGGCGACAGACGAGCCCGUGAGCGCGAAACAUGGAUCACACAGGAAGUCCCCAUCAAGAUCCUACACGAGGACGUGGUAGAAAGCCUGCACGAGCCGCAUUGUCCCGAUCCAGACGUAUACAUCAUUCUGCCAAACCUGAUGCAGUUGAAAAGUAUCUCAGACCGAUUUACCAAGCUAGCCUCUUCAGACAGCAAGGGCCAAAGGUCGGGCAUCGUGGUUACGGACCCAGCGGCGUCUUCCGCUGGCGCCACGGCGCUAUCUACCAACUCAGCUCCGAAACUGGAAUUGUCGGCCAAUAUGCAUGGUAAAUUACGCCUUGCGAUUGCGACGGAUGACUUGCGCAUUGCCAGUGUUUGGUCUGGACUCGUGAAUCCUCCUCUGGAUCCUGCGCAUAUCACGCAGGAUCGGGCUUCUCAGCUACCCAGUGAGCGUAUGCGAGAGGCAGGUGACGAUGAUGAGGCUGGAUGGGCAAAAGUGAGGAUUGAUGGGAAAGAUUGGGGUCGAGUGUUGAGUGUGGGGAGAUUGAGUCCAAAGGUUGUUGCUUGCUUUAUCAAUGAAACGGCGCUGGUUCUUUAUGUCUACUUGCCAGGCAGUUGGAAUGGCGAAGAAUCAUGUCUGACUUACUAUAUCAAUUCCUUUACGACAUAA